CGAUUACUUCAUUAACAAAAACCGUAAACGAGGAUCAAACGUUCAUUUGAAUCACUUGCUUUGGAGGGGGUAAUUUGGAUCACGUCGUCAUGCACAAACGACGCUCUACUCGUCAGUCAGUCGCUUGCCGAUAGUGAGAGAGGUACUGAGGUUUCGUUAUGUCGGAGGUAUUCAAACUGGGUGAUCUAGUAUGGGCGAAGAUGAAGGGAUUUUCGCCUUGGCCUGGUCGGGUAUCUAAUCCUUCAAAGGACUUAAAGAAACCGACAAAUACUAAGAAGGGCCCUGUUCAAUGUAUUUUCUUCUUUGGAACAAAUAAUUACGCAUGGAUAGAGGAAACUAAUAUAAAACCGUAUCAAGAGUACAAAGAUACACUUGUAAAAUCUAGUAAAUCUGGUGCAUUUAAGGAUGCAGUGGAAGCAAUAGAGGAAUUUAUUGCUAAUGGGGAGGUAUUUGAGGAUGGUUUAGAUCCAGACUCAUUGUUCGACAGACUUAAGGAAGAGAGUAUAUCUGACAAGAAAAAUAUAGUAAAAACACCUAAACCUCGUAAGGAAACACCGAAAACCAAGAGAAUGGAGACUGGUAGUAGCGAGGCUCGUCGACCAGCUAAGAAGCAGCGAAGAGAAUCAAGUACGAGUAACAGUAACAGAGUUGGCAGCGUUAGUCCUGCAUUAAAUCACUCGACUCCUCCCCGAAAAUCAGGAUCAACUCUUCUCAAUAGGCCCGCGAAUAUUGCUAGACCUGUGACACCUCCCUUGGACGUGGAAACGUUGUCGCAAACGCUGAAGGAGAAAAACAUUCUUCCGUCGAACUUGAAAUUCGGUUUCCUGGGUUUGGGGAUCAUGGGUAGCGGCAUCGUGAAAAACCUGAUCAACAGUGGACACAGCGUAAUUGUGUGGAAUCGGACACAGGAAAAGUGUGCAGAUUUCGUGAAAGCGGGGGCAGAGCAAGGAUUGACACCAUCCGAUGUGGUGCUCGCAGCUGACAUCACGUUCUCUUGCGUAGCUGAUCCUCAAGCUGCUAAAGACAUGGUCUUUGGAAAUUGCGGGGUCCUCACCGAAAUAUCCCCGGAGAAAGGAUACGUAGAGAUGACUGGCAUAGAUGCAGAGACGUCGCAAGAUAUUGCCGAGGCAAUAACCGCUAAAGGUGGCCGGUACUUGGAAGCUCAAGUACAAGGUAGUAAGACUCAGGCCCAGGAAGGCACCCUGGUCAUUCUCGCGGCUGGAGAUCGAGGCCUAUUCGACGAAUGCCAGUCAUGUUUCGAGGCAAUGGGCAAGAACAGCUUUUACCUCGGUGAGGUCGGCAAUGCAUCGAAAAUGAACCUCGUGCUUCAGUUGAUGGCAGGCGUGACACUCGCUGGUCUGGCUGAAAGCAUGGCUCUAGCGGAUCGCGCCGGUCUCCAACAAAAGGAUGUGCUAGAAGUUCUGGAAUUGACUUCGUUAGCUUGUCCUGCCAUUCUUGACAAGGGAAAAGCCAUCAUCGAGGGUGGUUUCCCGACCCAGCUACCACUUCAGCAUAUGCAAAAAGACUUAAGACUUUCUUUAGGUAUGAGCGAUCAAUUGGAACAACCAUUGCCGCUGGCUGCUGCAGCGAACGAAGUUUACAAACAUGCUAAACGCCUUGGUUACGGAGAACAUGAUGCCUCCGCUGUGUACAUCAGAGCCAGGUUCUAACGGAACAUCAAUCCGUCAAGCUUCUGCUAUAUCAUAUUUAUUGCAAUAUAACGUUGUUUCCCGUCGCUAACAGAGAAGAGUAGUUCGCGCUGUUCGACGAAGAGUAGCGGAAACGCUCGCUACGAAUCGCUGAAAGAAAUGCGUCGCGACUUAGAUUAAGUUCUAUUAAUUUUGCACAGUAGCAGUAAAGUUAAACCACGCAGAUGUCGUCGUUUAUUUAAUGCGACGGGAAGUCGCAAAACAUGACGAAAUCUACUUUUACUUUCUCUUUUUUACAUGUUUUUCAAGACCACUCCUUCUGCGUACACGUCUACGAAUGAAUUUAUUCAUUGAUUUUUUUCCUCCCGUUUGUUUUAACACUGGCGACUACUUUUCUCGAUAACAGCGUGGGCCUUGAUAUAGUCGAUUUCUUGAGUCGCUUCCCGACUUCGAUCCCGUAAAAUGCAUCCCUCGCUCUCGCUUGAUGAAUUUGAGACUUGGGACGUGUCGAAAAUGUGCCUUACGAUACUAUUUGAAGCAAGGCUUUCGAAUAUUUUUCUCUUCUUUCGUGAGACAGCACAAAAAAUAAUUUGAAUUACUUCCGUCGCGACUGACUUUAGUUUUCAUAUUGGUAACUAAGGGAGCGAUACGUGGGAAAAUGUUAAUUGUUAAUAAAGGAGAGAAAUGAUGAAUUGGUAUCUUGUAGGAUUAAUUGGUGCAAUUGUAAACUGGAAUUCACCGAGGCGAACUUCUCAGAUUUGUAAAACCGAAAAAUUAAUUUGGUAGUAUUUUAGAAGCAUCCAUCGGAUAGAUCGAAAAUGAUGACAGAAUAAUCAGGCCAACAUCUUUUCAAUCCAUGCUUGUCUUCUUCCUUCAAACCGUUAUUUUAUUUUUCAAUAAAAAACUUUUCUAUUUUAAUCGUACAUAUUUAUACCCCGAUGAACCGAAAAGAUAAUUUAUAAUUGUUUACUCUCGUAAUGCGACCUUAUGGGAAAAGAAUGAAAAGCAUGUUGGCCAAUUGUAUCUUCCUCAUCUAAUUAUCCGUCCUGGGAAACUUCUGAUGUAUUGCCAUAAAAAUUCCAAUUUCGACUAACAAUUUGGAAAUGUCUUGCCGCUCAGUGCAAUGAACAUUUCUGUUUUCAUCGACAUGAUUCUUAAAUCGACGGCAACGUUGAAUAGUUGUAUCUUAACGACAUUACGAAAAUGAAAACUAGAUGAAAUAUUGUUUAUUAUAUGUAUAUUACGGUACAUGGAGGCUCGGUGAACGUACAAGUAGUGAAUGUCCCUCCAAUUAUUUGGUUACAAUAACCAAAUAAGGAAUCCUAUAUUAUGAAAUUGUACAUUUGCAUUAAAUGUUGGGACAUGGUAUGUAUUUAGAAUUACUUCACAACAUAGUUUAGCAUAGUUAUUACUUGCACGUGCUUCUCUCUCAUCAGUUACUUCAAAAAUCACGUUAUAAAUAUAAUUUUAUAUCGCUUCAACUUUCAUAGAGAUCUGUAUAUUUCGCACGAUGAGAAAAGACAUAAAAUAUAUGCCUUUGAUGCUAGAAUUUUUUCUAUAUCCGUAAUUUUCUACUAACUUUCAUAAUCGAUGGUAUCGCGCGUUUAACGGACGCGAACGCGUGUCGGAACGGUUCUCGGAACGAUUUCCACGAUAACGUGCUCCAGCUCCCCUCUCCUGUGCACACGCUUAAAUAAAGAUCAUUUAAAGAAGAGAAUCGUCUAGACGAGGAGGGAAGCGAGUGUCGCUUCCGUUUCCCAGGACGGUCGUGCGAGUCUCACAAGCGACACGCGACGAAGUCGAGAACGACCGAAAGGUUGCGGGCUUUGUGCAGAAAGAAACAGUUGGGUUUUUAGAAUAAACCGUAUGAGUUUGCCUUUUACUAUUACAAGAAAUCGACGAGUUUUCUCUUCCCUUCACGGAGAGACGAGAAAAUAGCCCUGUCGCGAACUUGUCUCCGUUGGGAGCAAUUUUCCAGAAACAGUUAGACGAUAAAGACACAUCAGUUCAUUCGGCGUGACUAUCCGGUGAACGGUUAUUGAUUUUAACGAUGUACAUGAUCCGAACAUUUUUUUAAUCGAUUUCUUUUAUGAAUUACAAAGGGGAACUCGUGUUUAUUAGUUGACAGGAGCAAACUCUGGAUGCGUGGGAAAUUAUGUACCGUGUAGCUAACAGUGGAUAUAGGUACUCAUAUCAUAUAUUGUAUAUGUAAUUAGACUAUCUACACAUAGUUCUAACGAUGAUACAUUGUACAGGUAUGAGAUGAAGCAGGUAUGAUGGAUAAAUAGAGAAAAAUAUUAAAUAUUCUACGUGCAAAAAUAAAGAAAAAAAAAUAUAUACAUGCAUAUAGCUAGUACAGAGUAUAAAUCACAGAGAGGGAGGAAUUCGUGUGAAUGCGAAUGGAUGAAUGAGAACAUUAUGAGCAUUGCGUCAGUAACUGGCGUUAUAUGUUUUGUCACAAAAUACACUGGUUUUUGAAUAAAUAUCUAUUUGAAUUACGAA